AUGGAUCCAGUGGAAAGCGGUUUCAACUGCGCCCUUGUCGACAAAAGAUUCAACACCCUCUCGAUUGUGAAUCAACACCGGGCGCUCUCCAUGACGACUGGCGCCCUUCUUGCCAAUCUCUCAUCAUCGUCGUGGUCGCCGCCUUCUCAUCGUCGUUCAACUGUUUGUGCUCAAGACCAGCUGGAAAGCUUAAUUGCUAGACACGGUCACCCCACGCGUGUCUCGCUCUCAUCCUUGGAGGAAUUAACGGCCACCACCUCCGCAUAUAAUCCUCCCUCCUCCCGCUCUCCGUCGCCGCUCUCAGAGACCACCGAUUCCUUAGAGACUCUCUCCCUCUCCACAUCCGCCUCCAGGCCAAUUCCGAUCCCUAAGCCGUCGUUCCACACCUACCAGGACGACCUCCCCGUCACUCCUUUGACAGGCCGAUUCGACAAGGGCUAUUAUUUCGCCCAUCGUGACCAGGCUUCAAACAAGGCCCGAGGCAAGCCGACUCAUAGAAGUCGCCAACAUCCUCAUCGUUCAUCACAUACGUCAGCCAGAAUGCGUUCGGAUAGUUCCACAUUCUACGCACCGGUGGUGUCGCCGUCCAUGUCUCCAUCCGCGCGUCCUUCCUCUCCUGAACCGCCUCGUCCUCGGGCUCAGAAUCCGACUAAAUCGGUUCCAGCCUUUCAUCUUAGCAACCUGCCACGGUUUCACCCGGCCGUCUACCAAGCGUCGGGCAACUCCCAGGGACAACCUCCAUCGCCGCGUCAACCGCGGCAAUCCUCCUACCGCACAUCCUCGGGCUCUCGGGACACAAUGUGGCAGUACCAGGAAUUUGUGGAGGGCGUGACCCUGUCGAGGACCCCUUCUCGGCCGCUCUCUCCGAGUCCCUCCGCCCCACGUUUGGACCCCCUCUGCAGCCCGGGACCUGUCACUCCCCUCGUUCUAGAGGAGGCAAGUGGCUACCUUAUCUCUGGCGCAACCAACUCGUCCCCUUUUACCUUGCGGGACAACCAGUCCGGUCCGGCACCGGAUUUGGUGGACCGAAUGAUCACUCGUGAGAACGAGCGAGCCCGUCAAUCGGUCAAGAAGGGCGCCAAGACUCGCUGA